AUGGCCGCCGCCAACGGCGAGGACACCACGGACGACAUCGCCAAGCGAGUCCCGACUGGCACCGUGCUGCCCCCGCGAGGCGUGCGCGACACCAUCGAGAAGGUCGCCGCCUAUGUCGCUCGCAAUGGAAAGCCGUUCGAAGACAAACUGCGCGAGAAGAACGCCGCCAACACAUCCUAUCUCGACCCUGAAGACGAGUACUAUCCAUACUACGAGUGGCGCCUCGCCGAGAACAAGGCUGGCCGCGGCCUGGAUACCAACAAGAGUCUCACUCGGAAGACGGAUGUCGGAUUCGAAGGCAAGGCCGUCUACGUGCCACCUCAACCAACCGAGUUCCAGUUCAGUGCCCGCAUGCCCACCAUCAGCGCUCAGGAUCUCGAGAUCGUGAAGUUGACGGCUCUGUUUGCAGCUAAGAAUGGUAGAAGCUGGAUCACGGGGCUGAGCCAGAAAGAGGCGGGCAACUACCAGUUUGACUUCUUGCGACCUCAGCAUUCGCUCAACAUGUAUUUCAACCGUCUGAUGGAGCAGUACAAGGAUUUGCUGGAUGGCGAGACGGAGAACGAUGGUGCAUCACAGAAGAAGCGUAUGGCAGAGCUGGAAAAGAACAUCACCAACCGCUUUCACGUCCUGGACAGCGCAAAGCAGAGAGCCGAGUACCACAAGUAUCUCGAGAAGCAAAAGGUGGACAAGGAAGAGAAGGCCGAGGCGGAUCGCAUCGCCUUUGCGCAGAUUGACUGGCACGAUUUCCUCGUUGUGGCGACUGUCACUUUUGACGAGAACGACGAGACAGCUGAAAUGCCACCACCAAAGACACUGAAUGACAUGAUGUCGCUCAGUCUUGAGCAAAAGGCCAACAUGACCAUCGAUGCAAACAGACGUCUGGAGGAAGCAAUGCCCUCGCUCGACGACUACAACGAAUUCUACGGCCAGCAGCCCCAGUAUCCUGCUGCUCAGGUCAUCACCCCGUACCCUCCACCUUCCGCCUCCCCUCCACAGGCAUCGCCAUAUUCGCUUCCUACAGAGACGCCUUCGCUGGCGGUCGAGCGAGAGCAGGCACGAGCUGCAGCGAAGCGAGCCAACCAGCAGGCCCGUGUGCGAACCGACUACGUCCCCCAAGCUCAGCGCCGGAACCAGCAACAAAACACCUCCAUUUGCUCCAUCUGCAAGCAAGCGAUUCCGAACGAAGAGAUGGAGCAACAUAUGCGUAUCGAAAUGCUGUCACCAGAGUGGCGUGAGCAGAUGGCCAAGAACCAGCAGCGCAGCUCAACCACGAACUUGUCCACUGCAGAUGUUGCCAACAACCUCAAGCGACUGGCGUCACAGCGUGCCGAUCUCUUCGACUCCGUCACCGGCAAUCCUAUCACCGAGGAAGAGGCGGCUCGGCGGAAGCGUGCUGAGCAGGGAGCGUAUGACGGCGUUAGUCAGAUCCCCAACGCGGCUGCUCUCGGCGCAAUGGGCCAGCAGCCUGGAGGUACAUAUCCUCCAGGCACCGAGCGACCGAAUGUGGAAGACCAGAUUCGGUACAUCCAUGACAAGUACAAGAAGUGA